AUGAGCCCUAGGAGCAUCGCAUGGGCCACUGCUGACAACCGCGCCUGCACCAUCCUCCUCGGCGCACUCCCUGAUACCCUCAUGCGCCGUUUCCAAGCUCGCGAGAUGCGCGCCUCCCUCAUCUGGGCCGAGCUCCAGGCGAUGUUCGAGCGUCGCGACAUCAGCUCUGUCCGCGCCCUGUUCCAGGAGUACUUCUCCAUCACCCUCGCCACUUGUGAUGGCGCAAUUGACUACGUGGGGCGCAUGCAGGAGGUCGCUGAUCGCCUUGCGGCACGUCAAGCUGCCCUCCCCGAGCCACUGCAAAUCCACCGCCUCCUCUUCAACCUCACCCCGGACUACGAGUCCCGCCUCCAUGCCUUCACUGAGGCGAACGCCUUGGUCGGCCUCAACGACGUGGUCCAGUGGAUCAUUGACACGGAAGUCAAGCUCCGCACCUCCGUUGUCAACCUUACCACCCCUCAGUCCUCCUCCUCCAGCUCCCUCAACGCUACGCAGCCGCGCAACCAGGGUGGUCGCAGCGGCGGCGGCGGAGGCCGUGGAGCGGGCGGCGGCGGUGGUGGUGGAGGCCGCGGUGGUGGCGGUGGUGGUGGUGGUGGUGGUGGUGGCCGUGGUGGCCGUGGUGGCGGUGGUGGUAGUGCUGUUAGCGCCCCUGCUGGAGGACCUUCCGGUGCUGGUGGUGCUCUGACUCGAGGCGGACGCCCUGGCACUCUCCCCCCAUGCACAUAUGUGCGCCGCCAUGGUCCCCAUGCUGGUACCCCUUGCGGCCAGACCAACCAUCCCCCCACCACGUGCUUUAAGGCAAUCGUCGACGCCUGGUUUGAUCGAGGCAACACUGGCACCCCUCCUCGCUGGAACUCGUGUUCCCGAUACUUCGGGUAG